GAAUAAAAUAACACAGUCUCUAUCCUAACUACCCGGCUGUCAAGCUUCCUUCCUUCCUCAAAUAUAAAUAUAUCGAUCCGGACGGUGGGAGUUGAAUUAAUUUUCUUCUCCAUCAUCAAGCGAGGAACCAAAAGCCAUACCGCCUUCUCUACCGUCUUCAUUCCAAUAUACAGCAGAACAAGCCAACUCCACGCAAACGCAAAGCAAGCUAUCUCUCUCAACAUCUAACAGCACUGUUCAUCCUCUCUACUCCUUUUACCUUUACUCGCGUUAUUUUUUCGUGCUUAUUCUGCUCCCCAUCACCAUGGCCAACAGCCCAAAUACCACUAGCCCUGAGGCCGUCAGACGUGCCCUGGAGUCUGCCAGAAACACCGUUGACGGCCAGGUUGACCCACGAGCAAAUGCGGUCCUUGAAGCUGCGAUCAACGAGGUCUGGAGAAGAAUACAAAGCCAGCCAGACUCCUAUAUCCUCAACCGAGAUGAGUUCGCUUUGUUCAACUACUUCCGAGACCGUUUCAGAAACUCUCCUGUCGCCCAGCAAGCUGUUGAGCGUUUCUGGAACAACUUCAGGGGCAACCCAUCUGAAAUUGACGGCUACGUACAACGCCGUGCAUGAAGGGGCCCUUAUUUCCUGGCUUCCACAAGCUCUAUAAGGCAGCAGGCUGUCGUCCGGGCUUCCAUACUACUUCGCGUGGACCAACCAACCAACCCACCGAAAUACUCUCAUCAGGGAUUGAGGAGAAGGGAGAGAGAGAAAGACAGAAAGAGAGGAGGCCUGGAAGUGGAGUACGACAAGAGAGAGAACAACUCCCAUUAGACAAAACUGCUCAACGAUCGAUCAACUUUGCCAUGAUAUGAUACCUAAUCUCUCCCCCUUUUUUUUCACUACACGCCGCAUCAAAAGAAAAUGGGGUAACCGGUAUACACCACACAUUUCCCGGUCUGCCUCUUCCCUCUUUUUCCUUUUGUCUAAGUUUCAUCAUCAUUAUUUCCUUUUCUUUUUUCCUUUGCCUUUUGUUUCAAUUAUCUCUUGUUUCUUUACUUCCUAAUAUUUCUAUUGCCGUCCCUUAAUGUCUUAUUUUGUCUAUUUGCUUGCUUUUCGGAUUCUAUGUCUGCUUUCAUUGCUAGACAAUGACUUUAGCGGGAUAAGGGGGCAAAAACCAAGGGAUGAGGGAGCUUCGGAGCUUAUUGGACUGAAUUCUUCUAUAACUCUGGUUUGAUGCUUUUUUUGCUAAAGGGGUCUCUUUGUCUUUUUUUUUACUCUUUUCUUUUCGCACACGCACGUUCUCUCCGGAAGAAAACAUGUAUCAUUAGAAUAGAAUGCUAUUGUUCAUAC